GCAGAAACGUUUUACCCCGCGUAAAGUCAAAGAUGUGUGCCCUCUGAAGAUUUGUUCUCAAGUGUACAAGCCAAACUUUAAAUGCAAGCAUUGUAUCAAGUGUGAGGUUUAAAUAACAGUUCACGUGAGAAAGGAUUUAAAUUUUCUGACAAGCAUCAUAAAAUUAUGUUCCUAAAAAAGGGUGGAAGACAUUGCCAAUGGUUCAACUCCCUCUUGGUCACCUGAGAGGUGACCAGGGGUGCCCAUGAUUUCUGCAUGCCUGGUCUACACCUCACUACCUCUUCCAUGCCAGACAUGUCAGAGAAGAAGUCACCUCCCCAGAAGGAGAAACCAGUCAUAGUUCGUACACCACAGCUUGAAGGCAAGGCAAUCAAACGUAAAUCCUUUACACCUGGGUCACCUCCGGAAGAUGAUGAUAAAAAAAUAACACCAAAAAGAAAACGCUCUCUGGGUCUUGAAGCUGUAUCACCAGAUCCAGGGGCCAGCUCUCUUCGUGGUGGAUCAUGCAGUGUCAGUCGUCUCAAUGUCCCCUUGUCUGAGCGUCAGCAAAUGGCAUUGCUAAUGCGAAUGACUGAUGAAUCAGUUCAGGGAGAUUCUUCACCAAAACCUUCCUCGCCACCACCAUCAGUGACAUCAACAAAGCGUACUCCAGCAGACAAAAAAGUGAACAAGCGCAACGACCGUGGAGAGACUCCACUGCACAUUGCAGCAAAACGUGGUGAUGUCAAACAGACCAAAAAACUGAUAAAAGCUGGGGCCAGCAUUAAUGUAAAGGAUUAUGCUGGCUGGACACCCAUGCACGAAGCCUGCAAUCAAGGCAACAUUGAGGUUGCUAAGCAACUUUUGAAAGCAGGUGCCAAUGUCAAUGUGCAAGGGUUUGAAGAUGACACACCAUUACAUGAUGCUGCCAGCAAUGGGCAUGCUAAGCUAGUGUCCAUUCUCCUAAAGCAUGGGGCCAAUCCUCUUCAGACUAACUUGAAGGGCAAGACACCAGUUGACGUGGCUCAUGACUCCCACAUUGAGAAACUUCUGCGACGGGAGAUAAUUUCUUCGAACAGUGAUGCUUCAAGUGCAGAUUACAUUCGAUCACCAACAUCACCUGAAAGUCUUGCCUCUAUCAAGGAUGAAGAUAGAAUGAUGGAGGUUGAAGAAAUAAAACCACGUAGUGCAUCCAUGUCCGUCAUCAAGGGUGACAGCAGCUCUUGCAUGCCAGCCAGCAUUGGAAACAGCCGAAGGAUGAGCCUUCCACCCAAGUCUCCAGUUGACAAGACUUCGUCAUCACCACGCCUGUUUCUCAAGUUCAAGUCUGCAGGCAGCAGUAGUGGUGAAGAGGGAGGCCCCAACCAUGGAAUAAGCAAAAGCAAGGACUCAAAAGACCCACUGUUCAAGUCUUACAUCCUCACAAUGGACACAGGGGAUCAGCUGCAACAGCAACAGCAGUCAUAUUAUUCUUACCAGCAUCGUGAGCGGCUGGCAGGCAUUCCAGGAGACUCUCCUCCCUCACCUGCCAGCAGUCCCGUGUCCAGCUUUGACAGUGACAUGUUCGAGUCUCGUCCAGAUGUCCACACUGGGUCCCAUCACCAUCGUCAUCAUCACCACCACCACCACCAUCAUCAUCACCAGCCAUCUCAGAAGCUGGACUUGUGGGAUAGCAUCAUUGCUGGACCCAAAAACAAUGUUGCUGCUGGACACAGUGUGGCCACAGCAACCUCUGCAUCGGCGGCAUCUUCUCUGCGGCUUGAGUGUGUUUUGCCAGACUCUUCAGAAGAGGAAAGUUCGCACCACCCAUCACACAUAUCGGGAUUACAGCGGAUUCGUACGGAGCCCUUCACGCCCAAAAUCUUAGAGGAGGUGAGUGAUGAUGAACCAGAUGAUGAUAAAAAGGAAGUGUUUGAAGUGCGGCGGGCACCCACAGUGCAGAUUGGUCCUUCCAUCCCUUGCUUGGCUCCAGCUCUGGGGAUGGGAGGUGGGAUGACGCGCACAUUUGACAAUCAACACAUUCCAUCCAUGGAUGGUGUGAACCACUCCACCAUCACCGCCAAUGUAACAACAGCUGCAUCGUCUGCAAAAUUUCGUGCGGGUCAUUUAACAGCUGUGGUCUCAACAGCAACAUCUCACCUGGAUUUACCCCAGGUGUGCAUGGCCAGAACAGGCACAGUCACUUCCACGACGGGUACUAGUGGUGGUGUCACCAUGGGCUCAAAGGAUGCCCACAAUCAAAACACAUCAGACAGAACUUUGCAUCACUCUGGUUACCACAGCAAUGGUGGAAGCUACAGAAAGGGCACUGGUGGUAGUAACGUUGUGGCGAGUGGUAAUGGCAGCAGUGCUGGUGUUGGAAGUGUGGGGGUGUUUGGGACAGCAUUAGGGGGUAGCAGUGGUGUUGUCUCAAACAAUGGCAUGUCUCAGAAUGACUCAACAGGAAAUGUGCCAUCGUCAUCAUCUUCAUUGUCACAUACAUUACGAUGGGAAAUGCGCCCCAGAGAUCGUGGUGAUCGUGUGUUGCCAAGAGUGUUGCUUGGUACUGGUACUGGUGGAUUAACGGAGGAUGUUUCAUCAGUAAAAUCAGAGAAGUCUGAUGGGUCCAUCAGUUCCCCUCUUUGUAUGGAUAUCGAUGAGAACACAUCAGCUUCUCCCAGGUCAGAUAAGGACCCAGAAAGUCGACCAAGUUCUCCCAAGGUUCCUCCCCUGAAAAUCAUCCUUCCAUCUCAGAAAACAGGGACAUCACCUCAUGCACCUGACCACCUGAAGAAUUUGCUGAACAAACCUGCUUUGCCAUAUGUCCUCAACCCCACCCAGGAUGCUGCAGAAGAAUGGAAGAGUGAAAAUCGUGAGUUGGAGGACACAGAUUCAAGGAGCAAAAGUUUACCAGCAUCACUUGGGGACCAGGGUGCAAUCAACGUGUCCUCUCUGUCUUCCCCUGCUCGUCCUUCUAGACCUUCUUCCAGAGCAGGGUCCACUGCUGGUUCCAGUGACAGGGAUGAGAACAAACGAGAGUGGAACGCAGCCGCGAAGUUUGCUGAGCUGUCUUCACUGGUGACCAAGGAAAGUACAGGGAGUGGCAAAGAAGAUGAAGAAAGUAAAGAUGGAAAAAAUGAGAAAGAUGAUUCCAAGUCUGAGGACAAACGGCCCACGCGGACUCUCAGGUCACACACUGCUCUGAAGCAGCAGCAGGAGCAGAAGCAGCUCAAACAGUCAUCUGGGCGGACUGACCAUUCCCAGCCUUCUUCUCAUGAGAAGUCAUCAAAAGGGGAUUCAAGAGAUGGCCCAGAUGGACAUGAAGAAGAGGAAGCUGGAGAAGAUGGUGCCCCUGAAGAGAUCCAUGUGCAUCCACGUAAACGCAAAUUGCGUGCCAGAACAGAGGCCCAGACACAUUCAGCGGAGAAUCGAGAUGUUGUACUUGAAAAGCCACCAAAUCCCUACAAACUUUAUUUCAAUCUUCGAAGACAGCUCCAGGCCCGCUUGUGUCAGUCUAUGAAUACAGUAACACCCAAGCCACCUCAGGGCUACAAAGACUACUUGAUGGUGAACUGUACAUAUGUCCUGGAGGGUAAUGCUACCAGUCGCCUUUCUGUACCACUGUUGCCGCCUCCCUGCUCGGUGACAGGUCCAAUGAAGGAGCUAUUCAUCGAGCAAGAAAAAGCUCGGUAUCGGCUGCGUUUACAGCACCAUAUUGAACGGGAAAAGCUGAUGCUGGCAAAAGAACAAGAGAUCUUGCGAGAGCACGCACGCGCAGCCCGUGCUAUUGCUAACCAAAGCCAGCCUCUCUCUGUCUGUACCAUUCUUCGAGAGGAGGAAAUUUACAAUCUCCCUGAAUUGGAACAGGUGGAGGAACGUGAAAAAAACUCGAGAUCGCGGUAUAAUGGCCGACAGUUUCUUUCUUGGAUCCAGGAUGUAGGUGACAAGUAUGAAACAAUUAAGAAUCUUUUGCUGCUUCGCCAUCACCAUGAGGCCGAGUCACUGCAUGCUGUGCAAAAGAUGGACUGGGAGUGGAAGCUGAAAGAGUGUGGCAAGUGCGACUACAAAAGCACACCUGUCAUAGACGAGGUCCACCUACCAAUGGUGCAGGUCAAUGAUGACUUUGAGCUUCUGCCUACCUAGCAAUAGCAUCCAUACAGCACAGCUUCUCACCGAAUAUAUUGGUCGGUCAAGGCAGUUACCAGCUGGAGAAAGUCCCAUGUUGAUUCACCGUAAGAAUUGAGGUGCCGACACCCAGCUGUAGUACCAGUAAAUGCAUGUUGGGAUUCACGAAGGAGUCUUAGCUACAGUCUAGGUGCCUCUCCCAUUGGGAGAGGUCAAGUUACAGAUGAGUACAAACUAGCACUGGUAGUGAAGCAGCCUUUGAUCUGUGACAUCUAAAGCAUCAACUGCUUGCGUCAGAGAUCCAUGAUGCCAGGUAUGCAAGGGUUCGAGAUCCAGAUGCAAUCUACGGACAGUUUAAGCUCUUCUGCAGGUUAUUUGAAAGGAUGGAUAAUCCAUUAUUUACAGCACUUGUGUUUUGAUUACAAGAGUGGGGAGGAACCUGCUGAAAGUUAGCGAUAAAAAAGUUUCGUUCAGGCAUCGUGCCCAUGUCAGGGGUAAUGUGAGAAUAUCUUUAGUUCGCAUCUCAUUUGACAGCAAGAGCUGGCCUCUUGCUUGACUUAUGAGGUGCUCUAAGUUGGUGGUCCAGAAAUAUUGUGUUGUUUGUUGUUAGGCACUGGUAUUUUCAAAACAUCUCGUUGAAAAAGUUAGUGGUGGAGAAUAUAAAUGCAAGACUACAGAGCAUGCCCCGCAUCAUUUGCUAUCAGUAGCAUGUUUUCAGAGUCCAACCCAAGCUGUAAUGAAAAUAAAAUAAGACUGCUGGUAUGCGCAUUCUUUUGGUGAAAAAAAAAAAACAACCCUAGUACAUGAUGGCUGCUGCAGUAGUCUGCAACGUGUGAACCAAGGCAAAAGGGUUCCGAAAUUGCAUGGUUACUUUAAAGGAAGUUCUUACCUAAAUUUUAGUGGAUUGACAAACACAUUUUUAGACUGUUCAAACAAAAAACAAAGUAUGCAUCACAAGUCACAGAUCAAAAUUUAUAAAAUAUGUUUUUGAGACUUGUUCUUGUGAAAUAAACAUCUUUGAAGUUAGAGAAAGAUUGACCUUUUUUUAAGACAAUGUAUUUUUUUUCUCAAAUAUUAAAUUUCAUCAUUUUUUAAAAAAAAAGUUUUUACAAAUGGUUGUUGACCUUCAGAUCUCAUCUAAAGGAGACAUUAAAAACUUUUUUGUUUAAUAGCGGAUCUAACUGCAGUGUAAAAAUAAAAAUAAAGAAACGUUUUUUUGUGAGCAUUUCAUUCUGAUGAUCGUAUAAGCUCAGUUCUUGUUGGAGGCUUUUGGUGCAUUCUUAGACUACUGUAAUAAGAUGAUCAACUAUCUUGAUCGUUUGUCUGCGUAUUUUUAUCAUGCAUUUUAAAAGGAAUUUUUCUGUGUUAAAGAUGCAAAUUUAUUUUUAAAACAGUAUGUAGCAUCAUGAUUCUGAUAUUUUGAGGAACCAAGUGCAAAAUCAUGAUUAUAGUAACUCAUCUUUGAAGACGUGGUGUUAACAGAAAUCAUGGACUCCUGUUAGAAGUCUCAUUUUGUGUGUUUUAAUAUAAAAGUUAUUCUAAGGGGGCCUGGUAAAUCAUUUAUUCUUUGAUACGAGCAUUAUCUGUGUUGAUUCUCUAGUGCAUAAAGAAUUAAGUCUUGUGGUUGGUGUUUUCUGCAAGGGAUGGAACUGCUGCCUUCAUGUGUCUGCUUCUUUCCAGUUGUGAAGCAUUCUGCCUGAAAUUUCAGGGCCAGCAGUCUUUCGUUUUUUUUUUUUUUUUGGUUUUUUUUCAAACAUUACUUCAGCAGUCAACCUUGUCUCAAGUGAGAAAAAAAGUAUUUCUUUACUUGAGUUGGUCUUCUCAUCUGGCCAAAAAUCUACAUUUUCAUUUUAAAUUUAAUAAAUUUCACUUUCAUUUGAGUUACAUGUGAUGCAUAUGAAAAAUUGCAGCUUAAGCCAUAAAAACAAAAUUUUUUUGUAGCAAUGUGAAAACUGCUUUAGAUGUUCAACACCAGUUUGCUUAAACACAGCCGUAAAGUUCUUUUACCAACCCAAUUUUUUUUUCAGGGAGUAAAUCUGUGCUCUUGAUAAAAUCAGAUUAGACAUAAACAUAGCAUCCAGAGCUUCAAAGGUUUGAAAUUUCUCACCGAUGGAUUAACGUCUGUUUACCUGGAUCUGUUUGACUUUUAUUGUAGUAAAUGUUUGUGGCCCCUGGCAGUGCGCUGUACUGGACAUAGACCGAUGCCUAAAGAUGCAUUGUGUUUCGAUGUUAGUGAUGUGACAUUUUGGAUGUUUCCUCGUUGGGCAACUUGUCUUCAUACAAGACAAUAAACAGGAAACUGCAUUUUAUUACAAAUAAAGACAAUAGCUGUGUUGCCACAUCUGUUGAAUAUUUUGAUGUGUGAGGGUGAACAUACAGCUCAUGCCUGGCCUCCCUAUGUUGUAUACAACUUGCUGGCUGCCUCAUGUAGCUAUCACACACUGCAGGACAUUUUACGCCCUCAACCCUAUAUUCUCCCCUCUCCUCCAGUUUAACUCUCAGGCAUUCACCUUCCCUGCAGAUCAGUCACAGUUACUGGGAGCAAUUGUGGAUGGUGUUUGAGUUAGUUUAUUUGGCCAAUCAAGUACUGUAUAGAGUGUGCAGCUAUCUUAUCAGGAGCUUCUCUCAUGUGCUGUUCUACAACAUAGAGAAGCAGGCACGAGAAAAUUGUAUUAUAUAUCAGCAUGGGUGUUUGUGUAAGUGCUUUGGACUGGUGUGUACAUGACAAAAGAUCAAAGACUAGUCUUUUCUUUUCAGGUGUAUUAUUGUAGCAGUCAGGACUGUCAUUUUGACCUCAUUCCAUUCUGUCCACAAAAUCACAUUAUCAUCAUCAUCUCAAUGGGGAUAUAGGGAAUUUGGCAUGUGCUUCUGAUGGUAUUUCACAUUCAAUCAGUUGAAGUUAUUUUGUUAAAUUUUUUUGGCUCAGUGAUUUUCUUUUAAUGAUAAAAGCCCUCCAAACAUUUUUUUUCCUACAUAUGUAUAUGUGAGGUUCAUGAAAACACAGUUCCUUCUAUAGAAUUAAUUUGGGAGGCUGGUAAUUAGUAUAUCAGGGAAAAUAAAAAGAGGGCUGCGCUCCACCUUCCACACACCAUGCCUUAGACAUAGUGAACCACUUUCAUCCACUGCCACUAGGAUUCGUCGCCCAUUGGUUUACCUGACUUGGUUAUAAUUGUUGGUAUUUAGUCGGUUUACAAUAAUACUAAAGAUUACUAUUCUUGUAAGAAGAUGGCAUUUUUUUCCAUGCCUUUAUUUUUUAAGAAAUAAGUAGGCCGGUGAGAGUGUAUGGGAGUAUGCAUGGGAGAGCAAAAAAUAUGAGUCUAUGUACAUGUUCACGCAUGAAUGCUCAUGUUUACAACAUAUUCUUGUUUCCUUACCCCCUCUCUAAAUCUUUGAUUUGGUUUGGAGACUGAUGGCUAAAUGUUUUAAAUGGUGUCUUGUUAAUGCCCAGCAGAAUUAAACCAGUUUUAGAGUAGGUGUCAUUUUUUUUUAUAAUUUAAUUUUUAAUUAUUUACUGAUAACAUGACAAACUUAUUUCAAUUGAAACUAAAAUAACCUACUUUGAAUUCAAGGUGGUGUGCAGCAAAUUGCAUGGUUACUUAGUGCACAGUGACAAAAAAUGAUACGACAGAUAGUAAAUUUUAGGUAGUUGUUGGUAGGAUAAUUUUCAUUUAUUGUGUACGUUCUAGGUUUAUAUUAUCUUUGACUAUGCCUUGUGUGCUUGCUGAAAUUAAAGAAGGCUACAUCAACCUGUCACAAAUGGUAGUAAAUUAUUCUCAGGUGCAUAAAAUUGUACCUAUUGCCUUUUUUUAGUCAUGAAGUAGGAGCUGUUUUCUUAAUUUCACUCUCCUCUAACUAUUGCUUAUUGCACUCAAAAUGUGCUGUUUCUUAUAUGGCAUUUAAGGCUUUGUGUUUGCAGGCUUAUUGCUGUUACCACUCUCCAGGGCUAGUACUUUUACUUAGUUCACGCAUUUGUGAUCCCAGUUCUGUUCACUUUUGUUAAAAAGGGAUUAUACUAAAUAUUUAUAUAAAUAUAUACUAAAUAAGGCUUUCCCAAGAACACCACGGAUUUCGGACAUCUUCCUUCCAGCACAAUUAUGUCCUUAGCAUGUUCAACGAUUUUAAAAUCUGGCUUUAGAACUCCAAUUUCAUCUUGUUUUUAACUACUUUAGGGAGGCAUUGUGAUUGCAUUAGCCAUGUAUUGGCAUAAUUAAAAAAAUAUGAAGGCAUCAUUGCAAGCUGGUUACAUUUAAAGACAUCUCAGUGUGCUUAUUAGAUGUGCAAUGUCCCCACCCCUCCACGCGAAAUACAGCAAGAUUUGCAUUUUUAAACUCUUCUUGUAUCUCCGUUUCUCCUUGUUUAACAUUGUUUUUAAUAUUACUAAGUUGUAUUACAAGGAUAGGAGUGCUUGUGUUUUGUUUUCCUGCUUUUGCACCAAUCCACCAGCAGUGUUGAAAAAAAAUUGUGCCAAGAAAAAAUCAAGAUUAAGUUUAGUUGAAUAAUUUGCCUUUAAAAUUGUGUAUAAAAUUUUUGUGUUUUGUUUGACAAAUCUUCACCAAUGUGGCCAGUUUCUGUGAGGUUAUUUUAGUCAGAAAUUUGACUUUUUGUUGAGCUUAAGCCAGAUAAUUGUUUUCUGUAAAUCGUUAGUUACCUAUUUUGGACAAGUUGUUGAGUUUUCACUUAGGCGAUUAUUGCUGCAUUAAAUUCUUUUUGUGGAGAAUCUUAACUUGUUGGUUCACUAGUCCUUUAUGACCUGUCUUAUGAAUGUGCAAGUGCAUUAAGUUCGUGCACACCAUCACAUAUAAUUAUAUCUGUUUCUUGUAGGGAAUGUCCUGCCAUGGUUGAUUGGGUCACCUUUAUUCUUGCUAUCAAAUUUAUGAAACCUAAUAAUAAGUAUCCUGCUGUUAUUGUCAUUUUUCUGUCCGCUUAAUACGCAGACACCGAUUCAUUGCCUUCUGUUCAACUUUCUCACUGAAAUAGUGAUGGCACUGUGUGACAGAUGAGUGCACAAAUGAAUGUCUUCACCGGUAUUCACCUCCAGAAGCCCUUGCCCCAUCCCUGACAUUGUACAUUGUCAGAUUUACCUGGACCAUCUGCCAUGUUCAUUUUUUUUUUAAGUUUCAUUUCAUAUUGCUGGGGUUACUGUGCAAUGGUAUCAGUAAUCCCAAUUUCUUGUGCACGCAGCCCUUUCUGUACUGUACUCUUAUGUGUAUAGUACUUCCUUUGCCAGCGUCUGAUGAUUGAAGAAAGUUAAACAUUUCUUUAUGUUGGCAUGUGUUGAGAAAUAAAUAUGUGUCAAUGUGA